AUGACCUUCCAGCAGCCGGCGGAGAUGCACGACGUUCCAGCAGCCGGGGCGGACAUGCACGACGUUCCAGCAGCCGGGGCGGACAUGCACGACGUUCCAGCAGCCGGGGCGGACAUGCACGACCUUCCAGCAGCCGGGGCGGACAUGCUCGACCUUCCAGCAGCCGGGGCGGACAUGCACGACCUUCCAGCAGCCGGGGCGGACAUGCACGACCUUCCAGCAGCCGGGGCGGACAUGCACGACCUUCCAGCAGCCGGGGCGGACAUGCACCUUCCAGCAGCCGGGGCGGACAUGCACGACCUUCCAGCAGCCGGGGCGGACAUGCACGACCUUCCAGCAGCCGGGGCGGACAUGCACGACCUUCCAGCAGCCGGGGGCGGACAUGCACGACCUUCCAGCAGUCGGGGGCGGACAUGCACGACCUUCCAGCAGUCGGGGGCGGACAUGACCUUCCAGCAGUCGGGGGCGGACAUGCACGACCUUCCAGCAGUCGGUGGACCUUCCAGCGUCGGGACAUGCGUGACCUUCCAGCAGUCGGGUGGACAGAGAACGAUAAUCCACUUGGCCUGGUGUCGCUUGGCACUAAGGAUGUACGUCUUGGCGUGA